AUGUCAAUUGCGUUCGGUCUGAACGAGGCUAGACCGAACUUGUCCCAAGAAGCAGCACACUAUAUCGACCAACUCAAUAAUGGUUUAGAUAUUUCCCAAGUUCCAAUUGAGAGAUUGCGGGAGAUUUGUGAUGAACAUGAAACUAAUAUGGAUGUGGAAAACAACGAAACAUUUGAUUUGAUGGCUAUGGUCAAGAAAACACCAUUGGAUGCUAUAAGAACAGUCUUCAAUUGUGUAAGUUCAACAACUUUUUGAAAAAAAAAACGUUGAAAUACAGAACAAUCUUUUCAGCUGUCAUUCAAAGAUUCCAACAGUCUUCGUAAAUCUUGCAAGCUCAUGGACAACUUCUACAACAAAUUCCGUCCUCAACUCGACGGACCAAUUUGUGACAGCAUCGGAUUGAUUGUGAAUGCAAACUCAGAAAUCAUUGUUCGAAAUUAUGACAAAGUUGUCGAUUAUUAUAAUCCAGUGUUAGCAUCGCAAUACUAUGGCAAUGUCUUGACAAAUAUUGAAUGCAAACAACUUUUCAUUUACCACGAAGCGAAUGAAAUUGCAGUUGAUGUUUUCAGAAAGUUUUUGAAAAACUGGAAAAUUGAGACAAUCACUUUUGUUGGAGACAAAAUCAAUGGCGAAAUGAUCGAGUUUUUGGAUGAGAAGUGUACAAAAUCAUUGAACUUGGAAGUUGAGGAGUAUGAAAAAAAUGAUCCAAUGACGGCGAGCAAAAUCAAGAAAUUGUACAUCUCCGAACCUAUAACUUGUAUGACACAAGUCAUUAACUUGAAUAGAAUGAUUGAAGGAUUCCAUAUUUCUCUCGAAUGGCCAAUGUUUGAAACAUUUGCUCAUAGUUUGCAGGUAAAUUUAGUUUUGAAAAAAAUGCAUUUGAAAUUUAUUUUUCAGUCUUUCACUGGAUCAAUCACGAACCUUGAUCAUUGGGAGAUGGACUUGUAUAAUGGCCCGGAAGAUCAACAAGAUAUGGACAGUCGUAUAAUGACACAAGUCUUCUCGCAUUUGUGUCGCCUCUCAGUUGCUCCAAUUCGAUAUUCUAUUUUCAAAUCAUACAUUGGAGAUUACUGCACACUUAGAAUUAUGAGCGAGGAAAAAUUCUACCAAAUCUAUGAACGACCAGCAGAACAACUUGUUGAUACAAGAAGUCUUUUGGAAAUUCUUCACUCUGUACCAUUUGAUACAAUGGAAUCGAUUUUCUGUGGUGUAAGUUGAUUGGUUUUUCAAACCGAAUUUCUAACAGAAAAAAAUAAAUUCUCUAAUUAUUUUCAGCUUUCCUUCGAAGAUGCGAACCGUCUCCGUCGCACUUGCUCAUUCAUGAAUGAAUGCUACAAUUGGUACCGUAACACUUUCGAUGGACCAUUUAUUGAUGAAAUCGAAUUAAAAAUCGUUGGACCAACAUUUGUUAUUCAAAGAAGCAAAGAUGGUGUUAACAUAGAAUUGCCAGAAGAACAAUGGGUCAACAUUCUAACAAAUGUCAACUGCAAGACUCUUCGUAUUUCUGCAAUUGAAGACUAUAACGAUGUUGAAGCUAUGAGCCAAUUCAUUUCGAGUUGGAAAAUUGAACACAUUAAAUACUGUGGACCAACAAUCACUCCAGAAUUGAUGUCGUUUUUGGACUCAAAAUGCCAAAAAUCGUUGUCUUUGGAAAUGGUCAAAUACGAGGAAACCAUUGUUCCUGCAACGAAAAUCGAGAACAUUUUCAUCUUGAGACCAAUCAAAUGUUUCUUCGAACUUCUCGCUUCAAAUCCAAAUAUUCAAAACAUGCAUGUCGGAGUCUCAUAUCGAAAACUUCAACAAGAUAUUGGAAGAAUGGAGGUAAAUUUCAUUUCUUGUGAAUUUUAGAAACACAUAUAACAAUAAUAUUUACAGGCUAUGAUCCAAAACUUCACCAAAAUCGAUAAAUGGGAUAUUGAGUUGUAUGGUUUGCCAGAAAUCGAGCGAACUGACGUUUUCCAAAGCAUGAGAGAUUUCCGCGGUCAUUUGGACAGAUUGUCAGCCAACAGUUUCAAAUUCUGCUAUAUGGAAGGUACUUAUCAUGAUGUUAUGACAAUUCUCAUCACAAGAAGAGAGGAACCAAUACGUGUGCCGGAGGAGGAGGAAAUCGAGCCAAGCGAAGAUGAAUUGUUUGGUCCGGGCGGAUUGGAUCCCGAUUGGUUGGAUGGAGAUGGGGAUGAAGAUGGAGAUGAAGGAGAAGAUGAAGAAAUGAACUAA